ACAGUUCCGACGAAAAUCAACGACGAGCGGCCGGCUUUCCCGCUCUCUCGGAAAACUUUCGAAACGCUCGACGCAAAGAACCCGUAGAAUUUGUAUGAUUUUCUCGGUUGUAUUUUAUUUGUUCGAAAAAAUUAUGGUUCCUGGAGCUGAUUGAAGUUGACGUGGAUAACUUCUUAGGAAAACAUCGCACAAAAUUCACCAAACCAAAUGAAAAUGACCAUUCUACAUUCAUGUUGCUGCUGGAGAUCGGUGAGGAAGGGCAGCGUGGCUUGUGGUGUCUAUACAGGGAUUUACUACGCAGUCAAUGCCGCCCAAUCGUCUUAUUUGCUGCACGAAGAAAUUCUCUACCUGAAAAAUUUGUCCAACCAGUCCAUGAUCGAUCACGAUAUCACCUCAGAAACAUCUGCCAUAUUUUCUGCACUCAUAUUUGCCUUCUCCUCUUGUGGCAUUGUAACAACUCUUCUCCUGUUCUACGGAAUUUAUAAGGAUAUCAAAUAUUUGCUGAUUCCUUGGAUCUUCAACAUGACAUUUUUCACGAUAGUGGACGUAAUUUAUAUCAUAUAUGGACUCAUCGUUCACGCGCUCGAAUGGAAUCCAUCCGUCGCAGUUUUGAUCACCAUAGACUUUUUCCUCAAUACUUUGAACCUUUAUGCCUUACUUUGUGUGAUAUCACAGUACCAAGAAUACAAGGCUGGAAGAGGCAGAUCCAUAGAUGACGAAAUCAUGAGGGUACCCAACAUUCAGUACAGUACCACCCAACCCACAGCCACCAGUUACCUCAGUUCACACCAAAGAAAACCUUUGACCUACAUUGACAGACCUACUCCCACUCACAGCCCCACCGGAGCUGCCCCAAGCUACGUGGAGCCUCCCACAUUGAUCAACAGAGCCCCGAGAAAAUCCGUUAAAUUCGGUGAUAGUUCGGAAAUGAGCUUGGUACCACCACCACCUUGGCUGGAAGUGAAAAAUGGUACUGGAAAAGGUACCGAUACCGCUCCUUUAAUUGAUUCUGGACAAGAUGGCGGAGGUACUGUGAACGUAUGAGGACCAGUGUUAGAAACAGCUUUGUGAUAUGGAUAUUUGUGAUGGAUAUUCAAAUAAGUGCAAUAACUGGUUCUAUUAGACGUAAUUUGUAUAGAACUUGAAUUAUAUCAGAAAAAAUCGCUACAUACUUGUUUAUAAAUAACAUUAUCAAAGCCUUUUGUACAUUUUAAAAUAAACUAACUACUGUACAUAAUGUAUAAACUUAGAAUAAACUAUUUCCUACGAUAUUUUGUUAUUAUAUUUCUAGAAAACCUCAAUCAACUCAACUAAAUGUUUGAUGUUACACUCUGUACAAAAAUCCCGACGUUUGAUUGAAGUUUUUUAGCUUGAAACGAGCCCAAAUAAAAAUAUAAUAAGAAAAUACGUAGAACUGCCCCUUUGUAAUUUACAAAAUUCCUCUAAAUAUGCCAAUUUUUUUAUUUAAUAAAAAAAUCUACUGAAAACCGAACUGUAUACCUACUUAAUGACUGCGUUGUCAAUAA